CUUUUUUUCUGAUUGGACAGAAACAAGUGACGGUUUCAGGAAUAAGGAAGUCUCCGUUACUCAGGCUAGCGCGAAAUUUCGAAGCUGUUAAAGCGAUUAAAAGACAUGGCUGAAAACUACCCCAAGUCCAAACUUAAACGAAAGAAAUCCUCUGUCGAAAAGCUUCAACCGGAAAUAUCUUCCAAGGAAACACUGAGGAGGAGUCAUAUAACACUCUUCUCCAGUGACAUUACCGCAGAGACCGAUGGGUCAGUGGUCCCCGGAACAGCGUGGUGGAACAGAGAGCAGCUGCCUGCUGUGGAGAGUCUGUGGGCGUUCACACUGAGGUCUGCUCUGCCGUACCUGGAGAAACAGCACUGGGACCUGGUUCCUGAUCUUCCCGAACCAUCUACAACGAGAUCUACAGCGCUAAAGUUAGAUGAACAGCAGUGGUGUGACCUCAGAGAAGAGGUCGCUCCCUUCCCUGAACCUUCUUCAACUUCUCCAAGGACUUCGUCGAGUCCAAAUCCUCCCAGGCUCGGCUCCUCACAGCAGGACCUCUCAGUACAGACCCAAGAUGUACCACACACCUCUGACAGACGGCUGUCCUCUCACAUCAGCAGGCAAAGUCAUGAUGGCAAAACAGCAUCCCUUCAACCCUCCCUCCACAGCUGGGAGGAGGCGGCAUCAGCAGCAAGAUGCUCAAGUUUUAGGGCAGAAGAGGGCAGGAAAGGAGGAGAGCAAGAAGAAGAGGCUGGACCAGUCGACAGACAGCUUCUCACAAACCGGGUGAACGUCUCUGACAACCAAGUUUCUCUGCAGAAGCAGGGUGAAAAUAAAGAGGAGGUGAUGAAGGAUAAAGAGGAAGAAGAGGUGCAGGGGAGUGUCAGAGGUGAUGGAGGAGCAGCACCAGGAGGAGGGCUGCAGAGCUGCCCAAUGUGCCUGCUGGUGUUCCCUAUUGGGUCCACCCAGAUGGACUGUGACAGCCACCUGGCCCAGUGUCUGUCAGAGAUGAAUGUGGACAUGACCUGGUGAGCCCUCAGGAUGCUAUGCUGGCUGCUGUCCAGGAGCUACGAGCAGCCCAGAUGCCCCACACACUCCAGGAUCAUGUCAUAUGGAGGAAACACCCAGAGAGCAGCUCGUACAGGGAAGACUCACUGUACAGUGAGGUUCUGACACCUUACACAGGCCCUACACUGAGAGAGGCACUCUUGAUGGGAAAGAAAAACAUUCCUGUCAUGAAAGAGGGUUUUUUUUUGAGAAUUUUACACUAGGUGAGCUUGGAAAGCUCUGGCCGCAAUAACUGAUGACCCCUCUCAGACGACCUUGCUGUCAUAUUUAAAUUUACCCUCUUUAGACAUUAGAUCCCAAAUUGUGCUCUACUUGAGCCGGUCCACUUGGUCUCUGAUGCCUUUGAUUCCAGCUGGUCAAGAGGAUCUCCAAACUAAUGUGACAAUCCAACCUGCCUCAUCCUCUAGGAAAUGAAAGACCAAAAUUGAACCAGACCACAUCCUCCUGGCAAAGCUGUUUUCAUAAAAAUAUAUUAGACUGAUUGAUAGAGACAGUUAUUUUCAUAGAAAAGUGAAAUUCGAAUUAGACAGCUGCGCGGAAUUAACAACUGACAAAUUUUGAACCUAAAAAGUUACACAGCUUGCACUCGGCCUGGAUGUUAUCAACAUUCAGUAGAGUUGUUAUGUUGUGAUCACAAUGUGUGAUUUUACUGAAUUCCAUCGAAAAGAUUCCUAAAGAGCUAAAGAUUUCAGUCACUGAAGAUUUUGUCUUGUGUGCAGGAUGUGUGCUCAACAGUGGAACCAAUUUGCUGCAUUUAAAAUCUGUACACAACUAUUUUCCGUAGAAGAGAGUCGCCAGUAUUACCCCGCGAGCACGAGGUCGGGCUUUCCCUCCACAGCCGCACCUCUCUAUGCCUCUCAUUCAAUUGACCACACGGCAGCUGACACAGAUGUGAAUGAGCUUCUAACAUUCCCUCUAAGUUACCAUUUUCCAAGUAAAUAUAACCGAAAUCACAGCACAGCUGUUGUCUUUAACUUAUGUGCAUGGUGAUUCUGUCAGACGUCGUCACAGUAAGCUUGGCUAACCAUGUGCUGACUCCAGCUAUGAACUGAAUGAAAUUGAUACUGGCCUUCUCAUCCCACUCUCAGAAAAUAUGUUGAAGUUUUGAAUUUCUUGAAAUGUAUUAAAAAUCAUUUUAACUAAA